UGGAAAUUCAUCGAUUCUAUUUCGUCAAGUUUUGGCCAUAUAAGGACCCUGAUGAAGCAUCCAAAAUUGCAGAAGCAGAGCAGCUGAUUGAAAACUUGGACCAAAAGUUAAAUCAAAUGCGCCGAGAAUACAAACUUACAACGUUAAAAUGGAUCAAUACACGUUCACGAAUCAGUCAUCUAGACAAUCGGAAAUCAAGCAUUUCAUAUGGAUUGGAGUGGCAAACAAGGAUGUUGUUGGAUCACCUGCAACUUCAGUUGGAUAAGCUUAACUUAGCCAGCAAGAUUCCUCAUAAACACAAAGGACAACCAAAACACACUCAAGGCUUUCGAAGCUGGAUUCCACAUGGAAGUAGUAAUUUGGCUAUAGAGAGGAAGCUCAUAAAAGAGGUGAUCAGAAGCCAACACAGAGUCAUGAAUGAUCUUGAUUUAAGAAGCAGCUCGUUACAAGAACAAUUUAAAGAGUUUACUAGUUGGCUUAGUUGGGGGAAUAUAGAUAAGCCCAGGUAUACCCAGAUUCUUGAAAAGCUCAAACAAAUUGAAGAGAAGAAAGAGAAAGCUUUGGCUGAUUCUGCUAAAGAAGCCAAUAUUUUCAUCCUCUCAACUCUGAGAAAUGCCAUCGAGGAGCAAAUCGAAAUUGUUAAGAAAAUGUCACUGGAACUAAGACUCAAGCAACAGGAGGUGGAAUCGGAGAUGGAGCGUUUAUCGAAAGAAAUUGAUCCUUGGGAAGAAAAGGAUUUUGAUUACAAGUACGACACUCAGCAUUGGGAGAUGUUGAAGCAAAAGGAAGCAGCCCAACGUUGCAUUCUUAGACUGAGGCAAACAUUUGAUGAAAUGAAAGGCAUGUAUGAUGAAAAUGUUGCACUGUUGAGCAAUGCCAGAGAGCUUGCAAGGAACAAAGAUAUUGCCUCAUUAAGGCAACUUUCACAUCACCAGGUUGAAGAAUUCAUGUCGGAGUGGAAUCAUCCUUAUGUUAAGUCCUUCAGAGUUAAUUACGAGUUUAAUAUCUUAGACUCGCUACUUAGCCGAGGACUAAGUCUCGAUGGACGGCUUGAAUUCCAAGACGACAAUCAAGAAACACUCCGAUACAUCGCGGAUGGAUCUAAUAUAUGUAAACACGGAUAAACAAAGACUCUGAUGUG